AUGAAGAAGCGGAAGUACGCGGAGCAACCAUCCGAGACUAUCAAUGGUUGGCAAGUGUUGCUCAAUUACCAAUACGACACACUUUUUGAUUUGAUACCAACUCCCGAGAUAUCCAUCGAAUCUGUCGGCCAUUUCUUCUUGAUGGAGUUGGGAGGACGAAGUCAAUCUUUUAAACUUCUUGUCAAGUACAAGGAUUAUCUAAAAACUCAACAGUGGCAACGUCUUCACGCUUAA